ACGAUUGGAUACAUAAUCAAACCCUUAUCUCUUCUCCGACAAAAAAAAAAAAAUCUCUGCUCUCGUCUCUCUGUUCUGCGCUUAGAUCGAUUUCAGUGAAGAAGACCACGAAAAAAAAAUCACGACAAUGAAGCUUCGAUUGAGACGCCACGAGACCAGAGAAACUCUAAAACUCGAAUUACCCGAUCCAAGCACUCUACACGAUCUCCGUCAACGGAUCAACGAAUCGUCCCCUUCCUCCGUUCAUCUAUCCCUUAACCGCAAAGACGAGCUCCUCGCUCCUUCCCCAGACGAUACGCUCCGAUCCCUCGGCGUAACAUCCGGUGACCUAAUCUACUACUCUCUCUCUCCCUCUGCCUUCGUUAAUUCCAUCGACGAGAUCGCCUUAUCCUCGUCUUCCCAAGGUAAAUUGGAUGAGGCGAUUGUUCAAGAUUCGAUGGUGAUGACCGAUGUGGAUAUGAAUAUCCAAGAUCCGGAGGAAGGAUCCGCGGGGGAAGCUUCGGGUCAUCAUGCCCCAGACCCGAUGGAUGUGGAGGAGGAGGAGCUAGCUGCCGCGGGAAGCAAGAGGUUGAGCGAACCAUUCUUCUUGAAAAAGAUAUUACUUGAGAAGUCUGGUGAUACCAGCGAGUUGACUACUGUAGCUUUGUCUGUUCACGCCGUUAUGUUAGAAUCUGGAUUCGUUAUGUUCAAUCCUGACUGCUCUGAUAACAAGUUUAGCUUCUCAAAGGAGUUGCUUACUGUAUCCCUUAAGUAUACUCUGCCUGAGUUAAUGACCCGCGAAAACGAAGGAGUUGAGUCUGUGACUGUUAGGUUUCAGAGCUUAAGCGAUAAGGUUGUGGUUUACGGGUCUCUAUCCGGGAAGGUUCAAAGGCUUUAUGUUGAUAAGCGUAGGUUUGUGCCUGUGAUUGAUUUGGUGAUGGAUACUUUGAAGUCUGAUAAAGACGGCUCUUCGAGCAUUUACAAGGAGAUGUUCAUGUUCUGGAGGAUGGUGAAAGACGGUCUCGUUAUCCCGCUGUUGAUCGGUCUCUGCGAUAAGUCUGGCUUGGAGCUUCCUCCUUGCUUGAUGCGCUUACCGACAGAGCUGAAGCUGAUGAUACUUGAGUCGCUUCCAGGGGCGAGCGUUGCGAAGAUGGCUUGCGUUUGUACGGAGAUUCGGUACCUGGCGUCGGACAACGACUUGUGGAAACGCAAGUGUUUGGAGGAAGCUAAGCAUCUUGUUGUUGUGGGUGGAGAUGCUGGUGAUUCGGUUAACUGGAAGGAAAAGUUUGCUGCGUUUUGGAGGCAGCACCAACGGCAGGUUUCCUCAUCUAGGCAGCAAGCCUUACGGAGAUCUGCCAUGGGUAGACAACGCUUUCCUUUUCCAAGGAUCAUUCCAGACCCUGACCCUUUCGGAUGGAUUAAUGGGGAUGACUUCUCUGGACCGUUCAUUAUGCACCCUGGACAAUCGGCACGGCGACUUGGGGGACGGAGAUUUGGACGUCCCAGAUGCAAUCUUGGAGGAAACAACUAUCAACAGUAAAUGGUGAGUGAUGAAUGAUCAUAUGGAGGAGGGGGAGGAGAAGUAUAUGGCUUUCGAAAUCAGCAAAUAAAUGGCCUGGAUACUUGUUUAUAUGUUUUUAUCUAUAGAUAUUUCUUUGGUUUUGGAUGAUUUUCUCUUGUUCUUGCCAUGCUUAUGCCAUCUUAUAAUAAUAAUUUUGCUACUAGUACUCUUA